AACACACCGACAUGCGCAAUGGUAGCAUACAAUGAAACCCUGUCUUACUGCUUUCUUUCAUAGUAAGACGUGAGCAAGACAGCAGAUGAAUCAUCCCAUCUAUGAUAUUACAUGGCUCGCGAGAGUCUUCAUGUAAGUACUUAAUACGGGUCUUGCCUCUCAAAAUCGAUCUCGUCUCCUCAUUCUCCAUUCCUCGUCUGAUCUUGAUAAACGCCAACCAUCACCUUCUCUAUCCAUACCCACAAAGGACUUCCCCCAAACAAGAUUAUUCCAUACAAAAUGCCAGUCGCUGGAGCUUACUUUUGCUGGCGAGGAUGCGAGAGAGGAGCCUGCGUUGAAAGCUCAUACUGCAAUAAUCACAUUUGCACUUUUCAAGGCGAUGCAAACGGAGAGUGCAAAAAAGCUGUGAUCCACGAAAAACUUCGCUUUUGCCGUCAGCACGUUUGCUU